GCCUCGCAUCUCGACUCGAAGCUCGCCAGCAUCCUGCACCGCGCGCUGCUCGCGGGCCCGGCGCUGCCCUCGCGCGUCUUUAGCAGCGACGAGCUCUCGUCCGAGCCGCUCUCGCUCGCCAGCGAGGAGCGCGAGCCGGGCUUCGAGGCGCGCUACUCGCUCGUGCUGCGCAUCUGGCGCCAGCCGGCCGUCGUGGCUCGCGCGCUCGACAGCGGCAAGCAUGCCACGCUGCACGACAUCAUCGCCGGCACGACGCCGACGGUGUGCUUUGACUUUGUCUGCGUCCUCGACGCGCCGGCGCAUGCGAUCAUCCCGCUGCCCAUGCGCACGAGCACGCCCGAGCUGCUGUCGAGGCUUUCGCGCCGCACGUCCGAGGUCGACAAGGAGGAGGCGCGGCGCAGCCAGCUGCCGCACGCCGCCGCCAACUAUCCGCAGCUGAUUGGCCGGACGGGCCACCACCAGCUCACGUCGUCGCACUCGGCGUCGCCGCUCGGCGAGUCCCGCGCGCGCUCGCCGUCGCCGUCCGGCAAGCUUUGGUCGCGCUUCUCCGUGUCCAGCAGUGAGGGGCGGCGUUCGCGGCCCACGACGCCGAACAGCGAGUCGACGCAAGGCCGCACGCUGGCGCCAAAUGACUUUUGCUGGCCGGUCCGACGGCCCGAGCCGAGUCUCCAUUCGGGCUCCGCCUCCUCGCGCACAGAGACUGGCUCGCGCAGCAGUCGGCGCUUCAAGGCGCGCUCGCCGCGCACUUCCAACGCGAGCUCCGGUGCGCCACCCUCAAGCGUCGGCUCUGGCCCGCCAGCGCUAGCGGCCUUGUACAGCCCGUCGACGACGCUUGCGCACAUGCCGCCAGAUGCAGAUGACGUCCUCGUCAUCAAGGACCCGGCGCGUCUUUCGCGCGUGGUGGAGGCCAAGCCGCAACGUCGUGCUGCUUCGCCAGCGUCGGCGAGAUCGUCGUGGCUGGGUGGCACGCUCGAGGGCAUCGGCAAUUUGGGCCGUCGUCGCAGUGCUGCCACAAUUGCAGACAGCGAGAAGCCGCCGACAGGUCGUGCCACGCCAGAGCCGGUCUCCAUCGCGCAAGCUCCGACUCGUCCGAGCCGUCGUCCGCCCACGGCCAUGUCGGACGGCAAACGGAGCCCGUGGCAGCGUCUCCGCACCGUGACGUGCCACGCCGCCGAAGAGGAGGACUUCCGUGGCACGCCGGCGCUGCCUCGCUCGCACUCGGGCGAGUCGCUUGCGCAGUCGAGGCAGGCCAACUUACGCUCGGGCAGUCUGCCAUCGACAUCGGUCCGCCCUGUCGCGCCGAGGCCAGACUCACUGGCGCACUACGCUUCCGGGUCGCCAGGCCUGCGCGUGAGCACCUCUACGCCCGGGCGCCUGUCGCCUGCCGCGCUGCCGCGCACCCCGGAGCGGCCCGACUUUGUGACGGAGCUUGACGACAUCGACGCCGAGCAGUCGAGUUUGCGAGGGCCAGGCAACUGGCAGCCGAGUCUUGGCGCGUUGACGGAGGCGUCUUUCGACUUGCCGACGCGCACCUUUCUGCCUGACGAGAGCGAGACGGAAAUGGAGAGCGCGCAGUGGCACGCCGCGCCGGAAGAUACGCAUGACAGCGAGCUUCGCAGCGGCAGCUCGCUCGAUGAGAUGCAGGACGGCGAGCUGCGCAGCGGCAGCUCGAGCGACUCGACGUGGCGCUCGUCGCACUCGCACACGACGGAGGCGCCGCUCUACGCCGACGAGUCGCUUGCGUCGACCGCGUCGACCGAAGGCCCACUUGCCACCGUCGAGAUCUACGCCGACCCGCCGGUGUACUACGCCAAUCCGCACGUGUACGACGCAGACACGCUCUCGCCCAUGCUGGAGGGUCUCUCGUGUAGCGACGAGCACGUCUCGCCAGUUGACGAGCGCACGUCUUUCUUCGAAGAGCGCGCGUCGUACGCCGAGACAUUCGGCGGCCACACGUUCGGCACCGAGUACGCCCAGCGCUCGUACGCCGAGACGUUUGGCCACGAGCCAGCGCGCUCUCUGCGCGGCGUGGACGAGGAGAACGACAGCGAAGCCGGGAGCAGCGACUCCUUCUUGACGGCCGUCGCCUCGAGCCAGGACACGUGGACUGCCACGCGCGCCGAGCUGCAGACGAGCGUGUCGCACAUCCAGUCGAUGGAGGUGAGUGACGAGGAUGCGACCCUUGACGCUUGCCGCUGAGCCAUCCUCUCAGUCCGAGAUCAACAACCUGCUCGUGCAGGAGGCAUCGCUGCGCCGC